AAGAGUGGCACCCCGUAGCCGAUUUGCUUGCAUCCACCCCAUUUGCUUGGAAAAACAGCGUGGCUCAGUGGAAAGAACACGGGCUCUGGAGUCAGAGUGUCUACGUCCAGGGAGGGCGUUUCUUGAACGGAGCGGAGGAGCUGGAGGCGGCGGCUGCGGGAGAUGCACCGCCCGGAGCAGGUGGAUCCGCGGCCUCCUCCGAGCCGCGUCGGGGCAGCCGGGAUUACCGCCGGGCAUCACCCCCUUUCCCUCCCCGGCCCCCCCGCCGCGCUAAAGCAGCGGGUGUCUUCGGGCGAGGAAACGGUCUUGCGAAAAAUGAGAUCGAAAUGUGCGGGGACAUUUGGUCUGAUGGGCAGACCGAAGGGGAGAGGGACCCGAAUACUAGUCGGUUUGGGCCCAUCCCAGGCCUGCGGGGAAGUGGGGGGCGGGGGAAGCUUUCCGGCAUUCUUGCGGGAGACGGUCAGAAGGACGUUAAAAAGUUGGUCGUCCGCCCGCAGAGUUUGAGCGCCUCCUCUGCCGGUCCUUCCUCGGAGAGCGCUUCGCUCAGCCGAUCCGCGGGGCAGGGACGGGGAGGGUGGGUGGUGCUCAAACCGCCGUGUCCCGGGCUCACCUGCCUCAAUCGAGCGCCCACCUGGAAGUCGUUGGGGUCCCCGUUGUUGGCUUGAAAAUGAAAAACCGAAAUCUGAUUGAAUACACCGGAGUAAAGGGGA